CUCCUCCUCCUCCUCCUGAGUCCCGAGGCGUGGAGCUACGAGGCUCCUGAGGAUAAGCAGGAUGCGUUUGCUAGAAAAGCCUGCCCUGCUUUCCUGACCUUCACCAACGCUGCCUUCCUGGCUGGAGUCACAGUGGAGGUGCCCUGCCACUGCAAACCACAACAGGUCCAAUCAGUCGUGUGGUUCUUUAGGAAACAUUUGAGGGGCUCCAAGGAGACCAGAGCCCUGACAGAUCACCAUGGCAACAGCCUGCUUGACCCUGACAGUGUCCCUCACAGCGGCGGGCUGCGGAGUCGAUUCUCCAUCCGUCUCUUCAGCCUGCUGAUCUUCAGAGCAGAGCCCGGCGACUCCGGCAUCUACAUCUGCGGCUCGGCACACAAAGACUUCUUCUACGCCUACGACGUGGACAUCCAGGAGGCCCGUACGCUCAGCUUCAUGCGCGGGCCCCCUUCUGAAAGUAUCAGCCAGACAAUUGAAGAAAGGAAAGGACUCGGCUCCACUAAGCCGCUGUACCAGGUCUUCACCAGCUUCAGGCCCUGGUCAGUCUGCGAUCGCUGUGGACUACCCGGAGAGCAGGUGCGUGUGGGACUGUGCCAUGUCCACUCGCACUACCUGCAUGUGCGCUUCAGACGGGCCAAUCAGACGGUCACCUCCUGCGGCUCAGGAGCAGUGCCCGGGGCGUUCGGACGACUGAAGCAAAGCGGCUUCGGGGCCAAGAUGGAGGUCAAAAGCUGUGAAGUAGCUUGUGAAGAUCAAGCUUCUCUAUCCCCCAAAAUCAUUGCUCUGAUGGCAUUUCUUGGAUUGAAUUCUGCUUCGCUGCCAGUGUUCUACCUGAGCACCCCGUCGGACCGCAGCCUGACCCUGGGCUGUCCCGGGGCGCGUCCCAACAUGGCUGUGGCCUGGGACAGAGGCAUUAAACCCAUCUAUCGAUCUGAGGGCUUGGCGGGUCGUAACCUCAGCGCCACGCACCCCAGGCUGCAUUUAGACACCGGGCACAACUUGGUGUUUCAACCUGCAAAAACCCCGGACUCGGGUGUCUACUACUGCUGGCUGGAGGGUCACAGGGCUGCUGAGAUCCGUCUGCUGGUCUACGUCCACCUGGGCCGGGGACAGUCAGUGACCUCGCAUCCCGACUUCUGGGCAGCGAUGAAUUUAGUGUUGAGAUCUUAUGUUAGCAUGACUGCUCUGUUUUGCCUUCUACUGUUCUUCAGGGCUGGAGUAAGACACUUUAGAGACACCAGUGAAACACAUGAGGAUUAA